CUGGUUUUUGUAGGAUCUACAGGAAGCUUGAUCAUGUCAAGCGGGUCUGUUUGUGAGGCCGGCCCAAGGAUGUCUGCAGAGCUUCAAAAAGGUUCUUUUCUUGGUAACAACAGGACCACAACUAGUUCAUUCUCCAUAGAAAGCAUUCUCGGACUGGAUAAGAAAAGGGACUUCACUUCCACUACUACCAGCAGGCAUUACAGGCCUUGGAUGGACGAGUACUGCAGUAGAGAAGUUGAUAAAUCUUGCUGGCGCCUCCCUAUCUUCAAUUGUGAAAUACCACUUCAGGUUCAUACAGUCAGACAUACGCUAGAAAAGGAAACUGUUGGACAAUAUGAAAAGUGCUGUUCAGCAACAGAACGCCUGACUUAUAAAAGAGAAAUGAGCUGGUACAGAGGAAGGAGGCCCAGAACUGCAUUCACUAGAAGCCAGAUUGAGAUUCUGGAGAAUGUUUUUCGAGUAAACUCAUACCCUGGUAUAGAUGUGAGAGAAGAACUUGCCAACAAGUUGUCUUUAGAUGAAGAUAGAAUUCAGAUCUGGUUUCAGAAUCGUCGAGCCAAAAUGAAGAGGUGUCAUCGUGAGUCUCAGUUCCUUAUUGUGAAGGAAUCCUUAACACCAAAAAUCCAAGAAUAAGGACCUUUCUACUUCAUGUUACUGUAAACCAGUGGUCAGCAACCAGUGACUUGUCCAUUAAAUUCGGCCAUAAAUUACCUCUGGCCUUGCUUGUGAUGACCACUUGCCAAGUGCUUAGCAUCUGGUUGUCUGAAUAUCUGCUGCAUUAUAAACUUUUCAAAAGUGCAAAAAUCGAGCUAAUGUAGUAACAGUUUAUACAAAUUAAUUUAUAGAAACUUUACAUAGAAAAUUGAAAAUUUAGCUUUAACUUCAUAUAUUUGGGCAUUGGUGUAGUGAACUAUGGCAAACCAGUGCACAAAGGGUUUGGCCACCUAAUAGUGAAAUUUUUGGUUGAUGCUGGUGAAUUAAACCAAAUGACAAUUUGUUCGUUUUCUUGGGGACUUUUGGUGGAAUCUCUGUCUCUGGGUCUGGAUGCCUGCUGUGGCAAGUAUGGGGAGUUCUCACAUUUCCUGCUGGAUUUUAAUAUAUAUUUAUUAACACUAAAAAUUCAAAAGGAGGUGCUAAAACAAGCAAAGAUGGUCGAGACUCCACUACCAGAUUCCCUGAUAACUAAAAUAUAUUUUGAACUGAUUGGCAGUGAGCUGAUGUUCUAGGAAUACCAGUUACAAAACUUUCUGAAGACCAUUUUUAAUGUUUUCUACUGUAUGCUCCCUGUUGUUUUUCGGGGAAAGAGAGGGAAGUUACACAGUGACAAGAGACUAUAGUCCCACCCAAAAGCACACGUGAGAGCUACAACAAGCCUGAAGCACAGAUUAGGGCACAUUGAGUGAAAUGUCUUAAGCAGCCCAUAGAUUUUGCAAAUUUCUUUCCUUCCACCACAUGUGAAAGGAAAGAAAAUUGCUUGAUUCCCCCCAUCAACACAUUCAGUGUUGAUGGGGGAAUCCCUCCCGCUGAGCUAUUGUGCUCUGCCUGCCCAUAGAUAGAUUGAAUAACAGCCAGUCCCUGCUGAUCCGGCUGAGAUUCGAUCCAUCUAUGGCUAGCUUUUCUUUAGCCCAGAUA